AUGACGUCAUUUACCUGCGACGAGUCCGUUUCCCUCUGUGAAGGCAACAUGAUGGAAGUGUGCGGUUCUACAGACUCGUGUCUCAGAGAGUUUGGCUGUGAACAGAGUUUACUGUCAAGACCUGACGGAUCCGCAUCCUUUGUCCAAGGAGACACUAGUGUAUUGGCUGGAGUUUAUGGACCGGCUGAGGUCAAAGUCAGUAAGGAGAUCUAUGACCGAGCAACGCUGGAGGUUCUUGUCCAGCCUAAAGUUGGCCUGCCCACUGUAAAGGAGCGAUCACAGGAGCAGUGUGUUCGAGAAACAUGCGAGGCGUCUCUGCUCUUGACACUUCAUCCUCGUUCGUCCCUCACACUUGUCCUUCAGGUCCUUCAUGAUGAUGGCUCGCUUUUGUCAUGCUCCCUGAACGCCGCCUGUAUGGCUCUAAUGGACGCAGGUUUACCCAUGAGCUGCCUGUUCUGUGGGGUGACAUGUGCCAUCGACGCCGACGGUCGGAUCAUCACAGACCCCACGGCCGCUCAGGAAAAAGAAAGUCGAGCUCUGCUGACCUUUGCUGUUGACAGCACAGAACGUAAAGUACUGAUGUCCUCAACCAGAGGUUCUUUUUCAGUUCAUGAGCUGCAGCAGUGCAUAGCAGUCAGUCAGAAAGCAUCAGAGAAGAUCUUCCAGUUCUACAGAGACUCUGUCAGACGACGAUACUCCAAAACCCUCUGAUACAGACGCAGCCUUUUAAGCCUUUUUUACACUUGCAGACACUGAUGUUGUAAUAAAAUAUUUAGAAAGCGCUUUGGGCUACAUUUGCUUUAGUUCAGUUGUAUUCAGCUGUGGGUGAAGUCUGAUUCUGAGGGUGGUUGAACUUCUGUGAGUGAGAGGAUGAGAUUGGAAGUCUAGCUUAUCUGCAAAAUGAGGAGAAAUGCUGAGAUUUUAUAUA